AUUUAUUUUUAUAUUUUUUGUUAAUAUUGCAUUUAAUAUAUAUGAUUUAUCUAUAUACUAAAAAUAUUAAAAUUUUAAAAUUUACUUUUUUAUCAUAAAAAAAAAAGAAUUUGGUGUUAGAUCUGUUUUUGUUGUACAAAAAUAAUUUUUAUAAAAUAAAUUAUAAAACAUAUAAGGCUCGAAUUUUUUAACUAUGGUUCAAUUUUUUUUUUUUUUUUAUAAUUAUAAUAAUUAUAACCUUUAAAAUUAAACUAUAAAUUAAUAAAACUUUUUUUUUUAUAUAUAAAGUUUAAAAUUUAUUUAAAAAUAUAUUCACCAUCAAAAAAAAAAAAAAAAUUCAAAAUUUAAAUUCCAUUUUUUAUUAUCUCAAAAUUAUUUAUUUGUAUAUUUAUUCAAAAAAAAAAAAAAACAUAUGGAGAAUGUUUAUUUAUUUUUAAAUUUAUCUAUUAUUAUAUUUUUUUAUAUCUAUUUCUACCAACAAAAGAGUUUUUCAAAUUUAACUAAAAAUUUGAUAAUUAUCCUAACCAAUAUCAAGGAUAAGAAAUGUUGGGGAAAGUGUAAAAAGGUUUAUAUCGACAUUCCUAAUGGGGAAGAAACAUUAAAGAAUGUAGAAGAGCUUGAAAGAGUAAUUAAUCCUCAACUUAAGGAAAUUUUAAAAUCCAUAAAUAGUGGUUCUGUAUUUUUAAUUCAAAACAAUACCGACGCUACAAGCAUGCUAUUCAGAGUUGGUUUAAAUGGUAGAUUUUCCCACUGUGCCAUGCUUUUGCAACCAAAUUUUUUCAACGAUGGAAACCAAGAACCACUAAUGUUCCAAGCUGCAGGUGAAAAAAUAGACUCAAAAAAUACUGGUCCAGAUAUUCAUUUUCUAACUAAAUUCCUAUCAGUUUACAUGUCACGUUAUCCUAGUUGUAGAUAUGUAUUUAGAGAUCUUAAAGCCCCACUCACUCAAGAACAAUCAUUAAAAUUGGGAGAAUCUAUCUGUAGAAGCAUUAAAAAAAAGGAAACUCGUUUUCCUACUAACUUUGAACUAUUUUGGACCUACACCACCGAAAAAUAUUUCAGAUUUUUAAUUCCACUUGUACAUAUCGAAAAUAAGGAAAAUAUUACUUUUUGCAGUAAAAUCGUUACAGAAACCUUCCAAUUUCUUGGCCUAUUAAAUAAGAAAAUCAACACUUUUUCCACCAACCCAAACGACUUCACACUCUCAAACUGUGAUAUAUUUUCUGAUGAAAUUGAAAUCAUCUUCAAAAUGGGUAAUUAAAAUUUUUUUAAUCAAAAAAAACAAUUUUAAAUCAACUUCAACAAUUUGUAAAUAAAAUCCAAAUUAAUAAAU